AUGUGUAUACAAGUCAUUGAACGAUACAGCAUCUGCAAAUGCCUAUACUACAAACAUGCAGUGGACCCUUGCCCAUCAACGCGCCAGCGCGGUCAUGUAUUAAGGGAGAAAACGGUUCUGGUGGGAUACGCCUGCGAGACUCAUUCCCGAUCACGAGCGAUACAAGCAUAUCUCCACAGUCUGCCCGUGCAGCCUGAUUCUGGCUACUCCAGC